UCAUUUUCAGUUACUGGAAGUUCACUGUAACAGCUACAGUUACUACUUCAGAAAUAAUCAGCGUAUAAUCCGCGGUAUUGGGGAAAAACUUCAGCUUUCACUAUCGAACUACAAUGGGUAAACCGAUACUGUACUACGCGACUAUAAGCCCUUGUUCCAGGACUGUCUUGCUAACAGCUAAGGCUAUUGGUUUGGAAUUAGACCUACGCCCCAUUUCCAUGUUCAAAAGGGAGCACACCACCCCUGAGUUCAUUCAAAUGAAUCCUCUACGCAAUAUUCCGCUGCUCAACGACAAUGGUGCCUACAUUGCUGAUAGUCAUGUGAUUUGUGCUUAUCUAGUUGAUAAAUAUGCGAACAAUGAUGCGUUGUAUCCGAAAGAUCCACUAAAACGAGCCACGGUUGAUUCUAGAAUGUACUUCGAUGCAGGAUUCCUUUUUGCUCGUCUACGUUUCCUAUAUGAACCGAUUGCAUUUGGUGAUGUACCAGAACAAGCUGCGGACAAGGUGGAAUAUGCAAGCAGACCACUUGGGAUUACGGAAGCACUCCUCAAAGAUGAACCUUAUAUUUGUGGUGACCAUUUGACCAUUGCUGAUUUUUGCUGCAUCGCUACGAUAUCUUCUUUGAUAGAACCAGUCGCUCCAGAGAAGAAUAAAUACCCACGGAUUUCGGCUUGGAUGGAGAGAUUAGCUGAGCUUCCUUACUAUGAGGACGCUAACCAGUUUGGAGCAGAUGAAUUCAAGCAAAUGGUUAGAAACAGAUUGGCUGAGAAUAGAGCUAAAGCAUAACCAAUACCUCAAGUUUAUAGUUGUCACAAUAAAUUCAGAUAUUUUCUCGACUGAAUAAACAAAGUAAAUUUGCUUUACCAUAA